CAGACCUCAGUCCUCAUUUGCGCCGCUCACCCCUCUCACUCCUCAUCUCAAAUUCUCUCCGUGUCUCCACAACUCCACCUAUAAACCAUAUCUGGAAUCGUAGCAGUCUAGUCUCUCCAUCUCCACCCCUCCGCUUCUCACCCAUCUGUGAUUUGGCCAUCUCAAGUCUCAACCCCUUCCAAUUCGUGGGACCGUGACUCCGAUGCCGGCUAUCUAAGUCUUCGUCCUCUCGGCUCUCACGGUCUCACCCCUCUCAGGCUCUCACGAUCUCACCCUUCUCAGGCUCUCACUCACGGUAACUCGGUAAGUCCCCUUUCACCUCUCUCACUUUCAGAGUUUCAUAUACUCAUACUCUUACUCUCAUAGUCUCAACCACUCAUUCCCUCACCUCUCUGGCUCUCUACACGGGAAACCUAGAUCCAAUGGAUCUCAUUCGAGUCUUCAAGUUUGUAGACUUCUCCGGCAACCGCCUCUAGACUCUAGCCAUGAAAAUCUAACCUGAGUAACAGACUCGACCCGUUACCCCAUCGAAUCCGACCCGCAUCGGGUUAAACGGGUCAAACCCUUGAACUUUUCGUGUUAGCCCCGAUUUAUGCCCAGUUGCCCACUCCUAUUUACUAGGGUGCCAUGUCUCGUCUUUUAUCUUAGUGGGAGUCGUAAACCCUAAUCGGAAAGCAGUGCUUUUUAUUUUUGUUUCUCCGAUCCUAGAAAAUGGCAUUUUCCUCAGCUUUUCGCGGUAUAUUGGGAGGACAUUUGAUGCCUUCAUCAAUCUUUCAAUCUCAAUGUGCUUCGCUAAGGUUCUGUUCAACCCUUACUACCUCAAAGCUCUUCGUCAGUGGCCUUUCAAGAUACACUUCAGAUGAAGGCCUUAAUAAAGCAUUUGAGCAAUUUGGGAAACUUGUUGAGGCAAAAGUCAUUACAGAUAGAGCCACUGGGAGAUCAAAGGGGUUUGGAUUUGUUACUUAUGAAACAAUUGAAGAAGCUCAAAAAGCUCGAGAAGGAAUGAAUGCAAAGUUCUUGGAUGGUUGGGUAAUUUUUGUUGACCCUGCCAAGCCGAAGGAGUUUAGACCUCCACCUCAGCCAGAGUCGGACUCGACUACGUUUGGUAUCAGGAGCAACAAGACUAUUGGUUGGUCCGGUUGACUGGCCGGGGAUUGGAGUUUGCACUAACAUCCUUGAGAAAUACUUCAUCAUUGAGUGCAAUUGGGCAAAAGGAUUAGUUAAGCAAUUAUUUUGGGGUUAUGGAUGGAAUACUUGUGUGUAGUUUUUGAAUUAUUAAUUGUGCAUUUAUAUUGUUGAUUAGAUUUGAGAAGUGGCCUUAUGGUGGAAAAGUGGAAUGCACUUGAGAGGACUGAUACAGGCAAACAAUUAAUAUUAGAAAAGUUCAAUAUUGGUCUCA